AUGCCACCCAAUUCUUCGCCCAUUACAAGUCUGACCAUCACCAACCCUCUCAUUCUCUAUCGGACCCUUCUCGCCACCAAGCGGAUUGAGCCUGACCCCGCACAGCAUCGUCUCGCGAUCCAUUUGCAGAAAAUAUACAAUAGGCUCAAAGAUUACAAGCCUGAGAUUGACUUUAGGCAGCAGCUGGAUAAUAUUCAGAGACUUGUCCACAAGGAAAAAAGUGUUGAUAAUGGGACUUCCGGGGGCAAUCUCAAAUGGGCUGUUCAGAAGGAAGCUUCUCAGAUCACCGCUCUCACUAGAUCGUUGACCGCUCGGGAAUCUGUGCUAAGUCUGCAGUCUCCACGAGGCCUUUUGUGCCAUGGCGAUGUAGGCAAUGGAAAAAGCAUGCUCAUAGAUCUGCUAGCAGACUGUUUGCCAAAUCAGAAGCGUAGAUGGCAUUUCAACACCUUCAUGCUUGAAAUAUUCGCUAAAUUGGAUUCGAGGUGCAAAUGCUUGCGUUCGCCAUCGCUAGCUGACUCUCGGUCUCAUGAAUAUUCACUCCUUUCCUUAGCAAAAGAUUUGAUCAUUAAAUCUCCAAUUAUCUUUCUUGACGAAUUUCAAAUACCUGAUCGUGCUACAUCGAAAAUUCUUUCAAAUUUUCUGACUGCUUUCUUUCAACUUGGGGGCGUUAUGAUAGCAACGAGUAACCGCCUUCCAGAAGAGCUGGCUAAUGCGGCUGGGGUCGAGUUUGCUCCACCGCCCAGAUCUACACUAGGGCUUUUAAGCAACGCGUUCGGGUUCAGGGGAAGGCGCGUUGAACGGGGCAGGAGUGAAACAGUCUUCGGAGGCAAAGGCGAUUUUGCAGCAUUCCUCGAAGUACUCAAGGCGAGGUGUGAAGUCUGGGAAAUGGAAGGCUCGAAGGACUGGAGAAGGAGAGACAGUGAGCAUGAUACCAGCAAAGUGUCUGACAUCCAGGAUGAAGAAAGGGGUUCUGCAUCUUACGGUCUGCAAGAAAUGAACAUAGGAAAUCUUGGCUUGGGAUAUGAACAGAGUCUACGAGUCAAUCCUUCCGAGAAGAGCACGGGAGAAGAGCAAAGUAGCGAAACACGAUCUGCAUUACCGGCUUUCUAUUUUGUGGAAGCCGCUCAGUCUCCUUCUUCCAACAAAGACACGAUCACACAAACUGUCUGGGAUCAACGUGAGGCUACUAUCUUGAAGCGCCAUGGCCUUCAAGAUCAUGAGCAGCCCCAUGUUUCAUGGAAGUCUACGACUCUUCGAGUAUACGGCCGUGAUUUGCACGUCCCGCGCCAAAGCGCAGGGGUGACGAAGUGGACCUUCGCAGAACUUUGUGGGAAAAGUCUAGGCCCAGCAGACUACAUCUCAUUGGCAUCUACUUUUCAUACCUUCAUUAUGACUGAGGUGCCAGUCUUGAGCUUUCUUCAGAAAAAUGAAGCUCGCCGAUUCAUCACGUUGCUUGACGCCCUUUGCGAAGCUCGGUGCAAGCUCAUGGUAGCCGCUGAGUCGGGGCCAGAUGCUAUCUUCUUCCCGGAGGCUCCACCUACAGGAGAACACGUUACACAGCAGGGAGAGGAGAACUCGACGAACAAUUCGAACGAUGGAGUCUAUCCUGAGACGUUCUCCGAAAUAUAUCAAGACCAAACUUCACCUUUCCGGCCCAAUAUCUCUUUGUACACGUCAUCCGCCUCGGAGCCCUAUUACGCUUCAAGCUCUCUUCCCACGUCCGCUUCUCAGCUCUCGAAAGCACGCUCAAUUCUUGCCGAUGAAGACAGUGACUUUGGGCCUGUCUAUGGAGCUGAUAGAGGGCAAGACGUUUCAGAUGACCUAAAUUCAACCGGUUCUCAUGUGCAAGGACAAGAACAAGCCACUGGGCCCCUUUUCUCCAAAACGGAUGUGUAUACGGGCGACGAUGAAAGAUUCGCCUACAAGCGAGCACAAAGUAGGCUAUGGGAACUCUGCGGAUCGAGAUGGUGGUCAAGAGAGGGCGAUUGGUGGCGACCACUGAGUAAAGAGGCAAGACAUUGGGAGGAUUCCCGAGCUGAGCUUCUGAAGGCUCCACAUGUCGCCACUAUAGAUGAUUCCCCACAAAUAGAAGGCGAAAGUGAAUCAAGGCUGAAAUCCAGCCCUUUCCGCACAAGCGAGGAGCCUCCGCCGCGUUUCAACUGGACGCAUGCCUGGGGCAUGAUGACUUGGGGUAAGAAGGCCGGUGUCUGGGGACAAGGUCCAACUGGGCUGGGAAAAAGAAACCAAAAGGGACCAGGCAAGUAA